CAAUGCGCUACAUGUCUGUAGGCACAAAACAAUGAAUAGACCUGGAAUAAUAUUGACAUUGAGAGAUCCAAGUCGGUCACCUCAAACUCUUUACAAGUAUCAGCUGUCCCAACCAGCAUGGGCGCAUUCCUUUGCUUGCGCGUCGACGUCUGAAUGAGCAGCAUGCUGUUGGCCUCUAUUGGGCUUUUAUUAUUGUGGUAUUGCUGUGUUCACAAAGUCGACUUUAAUUCACAUGAAAAUAUUGCAAAUAUCACUUUAACACGGUAGCGCGCGAGAAAUGUCUUAUUUGCUUACAGUGGGAUUGCCCAACGGAGUUGCUCCACCCAAAAGAGGAUAUGGGGCUUGUUGAAGCGGACUAGUGGUAACGUGCCAGAAAGAGCUGAACGGGACGGAACACUCUUGAACUGUUGAAGUUCUGGGGCAAAGUCCUGAGUGAAAGUGUAUAAUAAUCACAUGGCAUUUUAAGAAUGCGCCAAAGAUGGCGGUAGCUACAGCGGUUUCUGGGCGCAGAGUGCAUAAAAGUGGAUUUCUGGAGGUUUUGGUAAAGGACCGAUGGCACAAAGUUUUGGUCAACUUGAACGAAGAAGCCCUCACGUUGAGUUGUGAGGAUCUGGGAGAGAAUGUGAACUUAAACGGCAUCACCAACGGGUCAUACGGGAACAACACAAGCCACCCCGGUCCCACUAGCAGUCCCAAAACUGCGGUGCGGACAGCUUUCACGGAUUUACCGGAGCAAGUGCCAGAAGCGAUCGCCAACCGUAAAAGAUGUGUCCAAGUCAUAAAACAAGAGGUCGGGGGACUUGGGAUCAGCAUCAAGGGCGGUAAAGAGAAUAAAAUGCCUAUUUUAAUAAGCAAGAUUUUCAAAGGUCUAGCAGCGGAUCAAACUCAAGCGUUGUAUGUGGGAGACGCUAUUCUGACGGUUAACGGGGCAAACCUACGGGAUGCCACGCACGACGAGGCGGUGCAAGCGCUUAAACGAGCUGGGAAAGAGGUGACACUAGAAGUGAAGUACAUGCGUGAAGCCACCCCAUACGUGAAGAAGGGGUCCCCCGUGUCAGAGAUCGGGUGGGAGACCCCCCCACCAGAGUCCCCACGCCUGGGCAGCCCUCCCAGCGACUCCCCCUGCACCCCAACAAUGUCCUUGCAAGGGGACCGAAGGUACAUCCCUCUAAAGAUGUGCUACAUCACCCGGGGGAUGGCCGCCCCUGACCCAGAGAACAGGCAGGUGGAGCUGCAUUCUCCUGAUGCCAGGCACACGGUGGUGCUGAGGUGCACCGACACCAACUCUGCCCAGGCCUGGUUCUCUGUCAUGCACUCAACCACUGCAAACCUGGCAACCAAGGUCAUCACAGAGGUCAAGGGGCACACAGGCAGGACGGGCAUCGCCGGGAGUCGUGAAAUCCGACACUUGGGUUGGCUGGCUGAGAAGACCGAGAGUGAAAAGCAGCGUUGGAAGCCAGUACUGGUGGUGGUGACAGAGAAGGAUCUGCUCCUCUAUGACAGCCUUCCCAGGAUGAAGGAGGCCUGGCAUAGCCCUACACACGCCUACCCCCUGCUAGCUACACGGCUGGUCCACUCCGGCCCAGACCGAGGCUCCCCCCAGCCAGGUCUGGAGCUGUCUUUUGCUACGCGAACGGGGACCAGGCUGGGCAUUGAGGCUCACCUCUUCAGGGCGGAGACCUGCAAGGACCUAUCUCUGUGGACCAGGCACAUUGUGACAGGGUGCCACGCUUCUGCUGAGAUGAUCAAGGAAGUCACAACAAGCUGCAUGUACCAGGGGAGGGAGUGUCGUCUGGUUAUCCACUAUGAGCAGGGCUUCUCCGUGCUGGCCGAGCUCCAGCAGGACCCCGGGGAGGACCAGGUAGACCAGGGGCUCCCGGGGGACAGCAGCCAGAUCCCACCCCUCCUGAGCUACCCCUUCGAGAAGCUCAAGAUGUCCUCCGACGACGGAGUCAGGAUGCUCUUCCUGGACUUUGGAGGGAAAGAGGGGGAAAUUCUGGACCUCCACUCAUGCCCGAAACCCAUUGUCUUCAUCCUACACUCCUUCCUGUCCGCCAAGAUCGCCAGGCUCGGCCUGGUAGCCUGAGGGGGGGGGGGGGGGGGGGGGCAGACCAGACCUGGAUCAAAGAAGAAUGGAGAGAGGGAGAAGAACAGAAAGAAGGGAUAGAGGAGAACAGACAACCCCGCCUAGACACUGGGUCUGUAUCAGACUUAUGGUUUGGAAUCUGUGCUUGAUUGAGUUUGUCUGGUACAUUGGAUCCAACGGCAAAGUCUUAGCCCUACAGUCCUUGUCACUCGUCCAACAGCUUCAGUUGUUUAUCUGUAGAAACACAUGCAUCACCAAUGAAAUGACACACAGUGAGUCCGUAAACAAUCAUUGACACAGUUUAAGUGUUUUGUUUAAAUCCUACACUGUAAAAGAACACUAAUCUUUUGUUUUGGUACUAAAUAUACUGGAAGUAUUAUUUAGCAGCCAUCCAAUUCUAAUUCUACAUUUUUUUGUUAAUUCAGCACUUACUGUUCAAAUCUGAAGAUUUAGCGUGUUGUAAAAGGCUGCUUGAAAUGUGUAAUUGUCUGAUGCCUUUGGCAGCUAUGAUGCAGAAGUAUAGGUUUAGUAAAGGUUUAGUUUUAACCUUGGUUAAUGCACAUAAAUACAUAUUUAAAAUUUG